UAAGUUUGAUGUUCGUUCCGCACCUCAUUUAAUAGUGCGUUGGACGCUCCUGUUGUCUGUGUCGCUCGUCUGUUUUACGAUUUAUUUGAAUAUUACAUUUUCAACAUGGACAAGGAUACGGCUAAUUUAAAAAAAUGGCUCAUAACCAUGGGCAUGGACGUCAAUGACUGUACUGAUGAAGUCGUGAAAAAAUUAAUACCGCCUCAACGACGAGACAUGUGGAGAAACAUUAUUAAACAUGUCAAGCCAGCAGAAGAAGUGAAUCUAAUAAAAAAAUCUUUAUUGUUACAUAAACUCAUAAAACGAAAGAAGCCAUUAAUGGCAAAAGUUGAAGAUGAAGAUGAUCUUCUUAAUGCAUUAGUAUACGAAGAUUUAUUAACACAUUACAUGAAGAUUGAAAAAGAAAUUGUUGAUAUCAAAACAAAAAACUAUGAAGUGCAAAAAAAUAUAAAGACCAUAAGUGCAAAUACAAACAAAGUAGCUCUUAUAAAUACAUUUAACUUCAUUAAUUCAUACUUAGCUGAGCAAAAGACUGGAUAUUAUGCUAAGUUUUACCGUCUAGUACGAGAACUAACCGAACUUAGCGAACAUUUUGCUGCCGAAGCAAAUAAUAAUUUGAUCAAAACUGACUAUGAAGAUUCUUUAAUAAAAUGUUGUGCUGUAGUAGACAAUGCUAAACAAGUGGGUAAAAUGAAUGAUAGUGUUUAUCUUGGGAAAGAUUUAUGCAAUAAGUUUUAUGAAACAUUAAGAGAGAAGUCUCCAGCUAUUUUGAUUGAAACUAUUGAAGAAAAUCUAAAAAUCCAUAUAAGUGAAAGUUAUAAGAUUCUUAAUAGCGUAUGUAUAGAAAAGGAUGAACAAUGCAACAACAUUGAUAGGGAAGUUUUAUUCGAACAAUUUUUCAAGGAACUUUUGCAAAAACAAUUAGAUUUUAAAACAAUACUAUCUAAAACAGAAUCUGAAAAGUAUCGUUUAGAAAAUCAAUUAGUUGAUAAUUCACAAUUGAUUAAAAAUGAUAUUAUUAGUCAAUUUAAACUUCAAAAUGUAUCACAUACUGAAGAACAACUAAGUGCAUUGAAAGUAAACAUUUCAGAGGCUUUUGAAAAUGUAAUUAAAAACUGUUUGGAUUGUUCCAAUGUAAUUGGAUUGCCAGAAAAACCUAAUAUUGAAGAUGACACAUUUAAAACAUUAGACAGUAUUUUUGAUGAAACAACCAAGUUGAAUGACAAAAUUGAACAAAAAAGACUAAAAGCAUGUGCAGUUUUAACGGAAUUGCAUAAAAUAAGUUAUGACUUUGGAUUACCUGAAAUAAGUACUGAAAUAGAAAAAAUAGUAGAAGACUAUUCCAAAAAAGUCCUAAACAUGGAUGAAGUUAAUAAAUUGAUGAUCUCUAUGAAACAUAUUGCUAGAACUGAUAAGAAUAAUGUGCAAAACUCAACUUUUGGAAAAGCUAUCAAGCAAGGGGCUCACAAAUAUCGAACAUUGGAAGAAAUAGCUUAUCAUAUUGAAUCACUUGAUGUUUUUGCUGUAUUAAGAAAACAAUUUGAAGAGUUGGAUAAAACUAUAUUUGAUAAAAAUAACUUUACUGAAAUUAAAAAAAAAGAAAGAACUCAAAUAGCUGAAUUUAAGGCUUUCAUGUCCCAGAUGAAAAAUCAACUGUCAGAAUUAAAUAUUUCUGUUGAAGAUUGUAAGCUUGUAGCUGAUAUUGAGUCGAACAAAAAAUCUGAAAAAUAAUAUGCCAAGUUUCUAAAAAGUUAAAUUUUAUCAUUUAAGGGUGUAUUCACUACAAUACUAUAUAGUUUUAAUUAUCUAAAAUAAUCUUUCAA